CAAAAAACGUUCACCAGGCACCAUCGUCACCACCGUUUGGAGCUUAGCCUUGUAACCGCGGCAUCGUCGUUUAGAGGAGCUAUGAUCCGCGCGCGCAAGAUAAGAAUGCGCCUUCCGGCUUGUUUUGUGGGGUCCCAGGGCACCCGACGGGCCAGCUUGGAAUAGCCCCCCUUUUCGGACCCACGCUAGGAAUACGCCGCUAUCCGGGUGCUGGACUUCCAUGUGCAAUUCAAGCCCAUUUAUACACCCCCAUAUGCCCCCCCUCAAUCCGCAAAUAGCUCGUCAUAACUCAAUACCCACGACACGUGGAUAUACCUGACGUCGCCCGCUCGCAAUCACAUUAUGGCGCCGUACUUUGGGCUGAAGGGGCCGCGCCUCAAUACUGCUGCUAUUUGGCUAGUAACGUGUCCCGCGUUCUUGUGCUAUGGGUAUAAUCAGGGUGUUAUGGGGGGGUUGCUGACGCUUGAUGCGUUUGUGAGGGCGUUUCCGCAGAUGGAUACGUUGCAUACGAAGGGGGAGGCGCAGUUGUAUAAUUCGAAUAUUCAAGGCACCGUCGUAGCACUCUACACCGUCGGCGGUAUCUUCGGUUCUCUAGCCUGCAUCCACCUCGGCGACGUCCACGGCCGCCGCCGCAUCAUCUUCGCCGCCACCCUCGUCUCCCUGCUCGGCGCCGUCCUCAUGGCCUCAUCCUUCUCCCUCGCCCAAUUCAUUGUCGCCCGCGUGAUCCUCGGUCUCGGCACCGGCGGCUACGUCGCCACAGUGCCAGUCUGGCAAUCCGAGUUAUCCAGCGCCGCGAAGCGCGGAUCCGACGUCGCGACACUGGGGACGUUUAUCGGAACGGGAAUAUCGAUAGCUUUAUGGAUUGAUCUGGGCUUUUACUUCAUUCCGGGGGGGACGGCAGUGGCGUGGCGGUUCCCGCUGGCAUUCCAGAUCGUGCUGUCGCUGAUGGUGUUGUGUUUUGUCUUCCUCUUUCCCGAGUCGCCGCGCUGGCUCAUCAAAGUCGGUCGCCUGCAGGAGGCGAGGAGUAUCCUCGCUGUGCUAGAGGAUAUCCCCGAGGACUCAGAGGCGAUCGAUACCAACAUCGCAGAGAUCCAAGCCUCGCUCGACGCAUGCGGCACCGGCUCCAUCAAAGACAUGUUCACCAUGGGCCCACAGCGCCUCUUUCACCGCGCUGUGCUCGCGUCCGCGGCGCAGAUGUUCCAGCAGAUCAACGGCAUCAACGCGAUUACCUUCUAUGCCACCACGAUCUUCGAGCAGAACCUCGGGAUCGACCCGACGAAAUCCCGGAUUCUGGCUGCGGCGAUGCCGCUCACGCAGCCGGUGGGCGGGUAUAUCGCGUCAUUGACUAUUGAUCGUCUUGGAAGGCGUGUUCUGAUGAUUGCGGGCGCGGCGGUUAUGAUGGUUAUGAUGGCGAUUCUUGCGGGGACGACGUCGGAGGGUGCGGGGGAUGCUGCGCUGAUCGUGGCGGUGAUCUGUUUGUUCAUCUUCAGCUUCAUGUUCACGGUUGGGUUCGCGGGAGUUACCUUCGUGUAUGCAGCUGAGAUCGCACCACUGCAGCUGCGCGCGGCGGUGAACUCGGUAUCGACGGCGAUGGUGUGGAUAACGAAUUUCCUGCUGGCGGAGGUGACGCCGAUUGGGUUCAGCUCGAUCAAAAACCGGUAUUACAUUGUGUUUGCGGUGACGAACUUUUGUAUCCUGCCACUUGUGUUUUUCCUCUUUCCGGAGACGAGCGGGAGGACGUUGGAGGAGAUCGAUGAGGUGUUUACGAGGUCUAAGUCGAUUUUUGAUCCGCCGAGGAUUGCGAGGGAGAUGGCUAGGGAUGCGCGUAUUGGUAACAACUCGUCGCAUGGCGAAUUUGUGGAUAAGGGACGGGAUCUUAAGGAGGAUGAUGAGCGUGCGGGACACGCGGAGGAGGUAUCAGUUAUUUAGAUUAAAAGCUGCCCAUGUGUUCCUACCUUAGACUUAAAGACAGAAUGACAAUAUUUUAUGAC